AUGCUGCUCGAAUCUUGGAAGAGCUUGGCCUUUCCCAACCGCCUACGCAGGGAGCACGUCCAUAAAGCCUUAGAAGUAAAAAUCCUUGAGCCAGAGGAUCGACUACCAUCGCAUUGGCUUCCGACUUACCAAAUUCCGCUUUCAAUCCCAUCGCUACUCAAGUCCUCCCCUUCACCACCGCCGACGGGUCUGACAUUUGUGAGGACCGGGUUAGAAGGUCGGGUUACGGGAUAUAUUGAAGUCAGUCAGACUCCCAACCCCCGAGUCACCACAGGAGUAACAUCCACAUCGCUGGAACGUGCACCUGGCCCCAGCACUAGCUUUGUCCGAGGAAAGUCGGGCCAUGUUCCAUUUUGGCCCGGGGGAUUAGAUAUCUUGCUUGACCCUGACGCGUCGCUUGACUUGACUACAAGCAAAAAGGGAUUGCGGACCGUGCCGCCUGGAUUCAAUAGAGAUGACCAAGAUUCUAAUCUUCCAUCCUCUCCCAAUAACAUUGCGGAAAUUGAUGAAUUACUGCCUUCCACUGUAAGCUCAGGCAUUUCCGAUAGAUCACAUUUGCGACCAGCGAAGGCUCCUAAGAGGAGUCGAGCCCCACAUUUGCAGAAACGCGAUUGGGCUCAUGUCAUUGAUGUCAAUACGCCUCUCAGGAACUUCCACGAGCUGUAUCCGUUCGAAUUAGAUACGUUCCAAAAACAAGCUGUCUAUCAUCUUGAAAUGGGCGAUUCGGUCUUUGUAGCUGCGCACACAUCCGCUGGGAAAACCGUAGUCGCAGAGUAUGCAAUAGCUCUGGCGGAGAAACAUAUGACACGGGCUAUCUAUACAUCGCCUAUCAAGGCGCUUUCUAACCAGAAAUUUCGCGAUUUCAAGCAAACAUUCGCGUCAAACGCCGUGGGGAUCCUAACUGGCGAUGUCCAAAUCAAUCCUGAAGCGAGCUGUCUCAUUAUGACCACGGAAAUCCUCCGGAGUAUGCUCUAUAAAGGUGCUGAUCUUAUUCGAGAUGUAGAGUUUGUUAUUUUCGAUGAAGUGCACUAUGUUAAUGAUGCGGAGAGAGGGGUCGUGUGGGAGGAAGUAAUUAUAAUGCUUCCAGAUCAUGUUACCAUAAUCUUAUUGUCAGCGACGGUUCCGAAUACUAAAGAAUUCGCGGACUGGGUUGGGCGCACGAAGAAGAAGGAUAUCUAUGUCAUUUCCACAGCCCAGCGGCCCGUACCUCUCGAGCAUUAUCUUUGGGCCGGGCGUGAUAUGUUCAAGAUCGUGGAUGCACAAAGGAAUUUCUUAGGCCAGGGAUACAAAGAUGCUGGCGAGGCCGUAAGACGGAAGCAAGACAAAGAGCGAGAGGCGGCCGGUCUGCCGCCUGUGCAACGUGUGGGUGCUCGCGGCGGAGCUGCGCAGAGAGGACAGCAGCGUGGCGGUCGUGGUGUAUCAACUCCACCGCGAGUCUCACGGGGGGGAGGCUCCUCCCAUAGGACCAUACACACCGCGGACAAGAAUCUCUAUGUGCAUCUACUAGGACAUCUCCGGAAGAAGUCUUUGCUCCCGGUGGUUAGAAGAGUGAGGGUACAUGUCGCUAUCGAGAAGGCGUUAUCCCGAUUGAAAGGUUCUGAUAAGAAACUCCCACAAAUUCGUCGCAUGCGUGACCUUCUCAGCCGUGGGAUUGGGAUCCAUCACGGCGGUCUUCUACCAAUUGUUAAGGAGCUUGUAGAAAUAUUGUUCGCAAGAGGAUUGGUCAAGAUCUUGUUUGCGACCGAAACUUUCGCCAUGGGCGUUAACAUGCCCGCAAAAUGUGUCGUAUUCUCCAGCAUUCGCAAGCAUGAUGGCCGGAGUUUCCGUGAUAUCCUUCCCGGAGAAUAUACACAGAUGGCCGGUCGUGCUGGCCGUCGUGGUCUUGAUCCCAUCGGAACAGUAAUCGUCGUAGCCGGUGAUUCAUUACCUGAGCAAGGGGCGCUCCACACCAUGAUGUUAGGAAAGCCUGGGAAACUUUCGUCUCAAUUUAGGCUCACUUACAACAUGAUUCUGAACCUACUUCGAGUGGAAGCCUUGAAGGUCGAGGAAAUGAUUAAGAGGAGCUUCUCGGAAAACGCAUCCCAGAGACUGUUACCAGAUCAACAGAGAAAAGUGACAGAGAAUGAAAAAAUGCUCUCGGCUAUGGACAAGCUCCAAUGUGAUAUAUGCGACGCAGACAUCGAGUUAUUCUAUGACACGUCUCGUUCUAUUGUAGAAUUUAACGAACAACUGCUGUCUAUGGCAACAAAUAGUCCGCACGGACAAAAGGUAAUGUCACCUGGACGAGUAGUGAUCCUACGCGACCACCAUUUUAAGACGAACAACGUUGCAAUUCUGCUCAAGCAAACACCGAUACAAGCAUCUGACCCCGGAAAAGCAGACGAAGUUAAGAGGUAUUUCGUCCUUGCCCUUGUGGAUGAGGCCACCAAAGAUAAGAAAAACGACCUUUCUCUUCAAGGUAUCACCCCUCAAUGGCCGCCAUUACCUGGCACAUUAGCUGUGAAUAACUGGACAUAUGAACUAACUUCCGUCCCGCUGACAAGUAUCUGCUUGGUAACUACACGCACUGCAAAAGUCGAUGUAAGCACUAUUGUCGAUCGGCAUAUUAUCUCCGCCAUGCGUGAAGGAGUGGCAGCCCUGGCCUCCAUGGUUAGCGAAUGGUCUAGUUCCGGGAACAUUCCUGAAGUAGAGUGGAGUAAAAUGCGUUCUCUUGACUUCCAGGAAGUCUUGAGAAGUCGUAGUGCCUACGUCCAGAGGAUCCAGAAUCGAGCGUGUCUCCUUUGCGAAAAAUUUGAGGAUCAUUAUUCCAAAAUACACACGGAGAAAGUUUUACGAGCAAACAUCGAGGAUUUGAAGCUUGCUAUCUCAGACCAAAAUUUGGAGCUCAUUCCUGAUUACGAGCAGCGGAUAGAAGUACUCAAAGACCUUAAGUUUAUCGACGCCAAUUCCACUGUUUUGCUCAAAGGCCGUGUAGCUUGCGAGAUCAAUUCCGCCAGUGAACUAGUGCUCACAGAGUUAAUUCUUGAUAACACGUUGGCCGGUUACGAACCCGAGGAGGUUGUGGCAUUGUUAUCAUGUUUUGUCUUCCAGGAGAAGACGGACAUCGAACCUGUCAUUCCGAAAAAGCUGGAGGAAGGCAGGGAUGCCAUUUUGGCAAUCAGCGAACGCAUUGAACGGCUGCAGGAUAAACAUAAAGUCCCGGUCGAAGACUUCCGUAAGCUCAAAUUUGGGCUAGUAGAGGUGGUUUACGAGUGGGCGAAAGGGAUGCCAUUUGAACAAAUUACGGCCCUGACAGAUGUUGCUGAAGGAAGCAUUGUUCGAGUCAUCACGCGUUUGGAUGAAACAUGUCGUGAAGUACGGGAUGCAGCUAGAGUAAUCGGGGAUGCAGAACUGUUCAAGAAGAUGGAAGAAUCACAGAUCAAGAUAAAACGAGAUAUUGUAUUUGCCGCAAGUUUGUAUUUUUAG